AUGGCAAACCUUUGGGAGCUUCCCGAUUCUCGACUUACAGCAACCCUGACUGACGCUAUGGAGCAGAAUUUUUACUCGCGUUGCCCCUCUGAGAAACGACCUCGGCACAUGCGAGAUCUAGUUGACUCUUCAAUAGAAUCUGAAAAGGAAGAUACCGCAGACCCCGCAAAAAAUUCUUCUCAGCCUGGUAAUUCCCCUGUGUACGAUGAAUCUGUUUUCAAGGCUUUACAUCAAACUUUCUUUCGGCGUAUCUGGUGGUCUGGUCUCUUGCUUUUGGCAUCCGAUACGUUGAAGACUACAACUCCACUGGUGAACAAAGUGCUUCUCACUUGGCUUACCGAGUCCUAUGUAUUUUCCAAGUUAACUCAGCCGGAACGCGACGCUGCUGUGUCUGCGGGUUUCUCUCCACCGAAAGGGGUAGGCUAUGGAAUUGGUCUUGCAUUUGCUAUCUUUAUAAUGCAAGAGGCCUCGAGUCUGAUGGCAAAUCACUAUGUUCUAAGUCAGUACAUUUACACGAUUGAUUACCCUGAUGCUCAUCUCUGGUUAGCUGCCAUGACCACUGGUCUAUACGUUCGAACAGCGAUUAUUGGAAACAUAUUCCGGAAAUCCCUGCGUUUGUCUGGAAAGUCUCGAACGGAGCACAGCGUAGGCAAAAUCACAACCUUGAUAUCUACCGACGCAACACGUAUGGAUGGUCUAAGCUACAUUGGUCAUCAAGUCUGGGAAGCUCCUGUUCAACUAAUUCUGGGGAUUGGCCUUCUCAUAGGAAAUAUUGGGUACUCUGCUCUUGUUGGGGUCGCCGUGUUUGUAGUGUCCUUACCUGUGCAAACAAUCCUGGUGGCGAUCAUGUAUAACCAAGCCAGGAAGGGUAUCAAAAUCACUGACCAGCGUGUCCGGUUAACAACGGAAGUUCUUCAAGGUAUUCGGUUGAUUAAGGUUUAUGGGUGGCAAAAAUUUUACAUAGAUGGGAUCGUUAAAUUGCGGCAACAAGAGAUUCGAAGGGUCGGGAAAUCCUCAAUCGCCGUUGCGCUCCUGCUUGCUAUGUUUUCAUUCGUCCCCGAGCUUGCAGCCGUCUUAUCAUUCAUUACGUACGCUCUGACGAAACACGAUUUAAACAUUGCCAUCAUCUUUUCCUCUUUACAACUCUUCAACAUUAUUCGCAUACCUCUCCUCCUACUUCCCUUCGCUUUCUCAACAGUUGCAGAGGCCGCCGUUGCGCUAAACCGCUUCACGGAAUUUCUCACAGCAGACGAACUAGGAGAGCCCUAUUUAAUUGAUCCUACGCAACCCUUAGCUCUCAAAUUAGAUGCCAGCUUUGAAUGGGACACUGUUCCUUCCCUUUUGGACGAUGACGCUAAGAAAGAGGACGACAAGGACGACCCCCAAAAGGCACUCGCAAAAGUAGUAGAGGAGAAGAAAAAACGGAAAGAGGAAGCAAAGAAGAAAAAACAGGAUGCAAAAAAGAAGAAAUCGGGCAAGACGGGGGAAGAUGAACUUCCUGUUGUUGAUCCUAAAGAUCAACCAGACAACGCGUCAUCAGAAGAAAAGCCCUUCGGUCUGGAAAACCUUCACAUAGAAAUUCAGAAGGGCUCAUUCGUUGCAAUCGUUGGACGUGUCGGCUCUGGAAAGAGCUCCGUUUUGCAGGCAAUGAUCGGCGAAAUGAAAAAGACAAACGGGGACGUUACAUUUGGUGGAACGAUAGCGUAUGUACCCCAAUCACCUUGGAUUAGAAAUGCGACAGUUCGGGAAAACAUUGUGUUUGGGUGUAAGGAUGACGACGAAAGAUUUGAAGAAGUUAUCCGUGCCUGCAGCCUUGAACACGACCUCCAAAUACUACCCCAUGGAGAGAGGACUGAGAUCGGAGAAAAGGGAAUAACUCUUAGUGGUGGUCAAAAGGCUCGAGUGUCCUUAGCUCGUGCAGCUUAUUCCCAAUCGGAUAUCGUGCUCCUUGAUGAUCCCCUUUCAGCAGUUGACGCCUAUGUUGGAAAAAAUAUCCUGGAACAAUGUCUUCUUCAAGGACCAUUGGCCACUCGCACUCGAAUUCUGGUUACUCAUGCUCUUCAUGUUCUGCAUACGACUGAUUAUAUCUAUGUAAUGGACCAUGGGAAGAUCGUCGAACAAGGGACUUACAAUGACCUGGUGGCUAAUAGUACUGUCUUCUCGCACCUAAUCGAAGAAUAUGGCAAUGAUUUGUCAGGAGAAAACCGAAACAAAACGUCGACGAAUAUUACUCAAGCAGGAACAGGGAAAUCUAACAAAACCAUUAAGGAUGAUGUUGAUGAUGCUCUUAUGCAAGCAGAGGAGCGCAACACUGGUGCUGUUAGUUGGGAAGUAUGGAAAAAAUACUUGGAGAUGGCAGUUUAUGAGCACUUCGGCAUCGGUAAUAGGAACUAUUGGUCUUGUGUUUUACGUCUUCCCGUUUCUCGGUAUUAUAUUCGCUCCCUUGGGAAUAUUGUACUACGUUGCCUCGGUCUACUAUCGACGCUCAUCAGUGGAGGCCAAACGUCUCGAUUCACUGUUACGGUCGUUGCUUUACAGCGCAUAUACUGGUUGGAAUGUAUUUUUAAACUCAGAGGAUUCAAGUCUGAUCUUUGGAACUUAUAUGCAGAAACUCUGACCGGUUUGUCCACCAUACGCGCCUACGGCGAACAGAACCGAUCUAUCAAAGAUGCGCAACAUGGAUUAGAUAUGGAGAAUAGAGCGUUCAUUAUGACGAUUGCUAUGCAAAGAUGGCUGGCGUUGCGACUCGAGUUUUUCGGAAAUAUUCUCGUACUUGGAAUUGGACUCUUUGGGGCAGGGCUACGUACUUCGGUUACGCCAUCCAAGAUCAGUGUGGUUAUGACGUAUACUUUGAGUGUCACACAAGUUUUCUCUGAGAUGAUAUCGUUAUUUGCUCAGAGCGAGCAAAACAUGAACGCGGUUGAACGCGUUCUGCACUAUACAGAAUUACCAUCCGAAAGGGACGACGCUGAGCCCAUUGAGCCUCCCGAGUCAUGGCCUGCUGAAGGAAUAAUCACGUUCCGCGACGUGAAGAUGGCAUACAGGGAUAAUCUUCCACUAGUUCUCAAAGGUAUCAGUUUCAAAACAACCGCUGGGGAGAAGAUAGGAAUAGUUGGUCGGACAGGCUCUGGAAAAAGCUCACUAAUCCAGGCUCUCCUUCGGCUUGUUGAACCUCAAGAAGGGGAGAUUGAGAUUGAUGGGGUCGACAUUUUACGCCUACACUUCAACACCCUGCGCACGCGCAUCGCGUUUGUUCCUCAAGAUACUACGUUGUUUUUAGGCUUGAGAACAGACGCGGAAUUAAUUUCCAUUCUGCAAAGGGCCUGGCUUCUUCCAAAGGAUGGCCCUGUAGAUCCCUCUGUGGAAGCGAAGUUUAGUCUAGAUUCGGUUGUGGGGGAUGAAGGCUCAAACUACAGUGUCGGAGAGAGACAACUAUUGGCUCUCUGUCGCGCCCUCGUCAAAAAUAGCCGAAUUAUAAUUUUGGACGAAGCCACAAGCAGCGUGGAUGCCGAAACAGAUUCCAAAUUGCAACGGACUAUCCAACACGAGUUUGCUUCUUCCACAUUGUUAUGCAUUGCCCAUAGGCUUAAUACCAUUGCUCACUAUGACAGGAUAAUUGUCAUGGACGACGGCAGAAUUGCGGAGUUCGAUACCGUACUCAACCUGUUUGAUAGAGCGGAUUCUAUAUUCCGUUCACUCUGCGAGGAGGCACAUCUUCGCCGGGACGACAUCCUCAAAUUGAGGCAAGAGCAUUUCUCUAAAUGA